AUGUCUGCUCCCAAGCGCAAGUAUGUGGAUGAUUUAUCUCCCUCUUACAAGCGUGCCAUUGUCGGCUCGUCACAAGUCGGCCGUGACGUGCAAGCUGGACCAGUCGACCCUCGCCGUGAUACCACAGAGUAUAUGCGAUCACUAUCACGAUACCUCCCUGGUUUUAAUUCCGGCGUGGCGCCCCCAGUCCCGGUGCUGGAGCCUCCUGCUGAACGCUUUGCUCUCUACCACGUUGUGCCGCCCGAGAGCUACCAGAAGCACACGGUUGAGCGGUGUGCAGGUGGUAAACCAUACAAGCCCCAUGCGGUGAUAAUUGGAGUCAAGGAGCCUGUGGGCACCCCAACCGACGCAUCUUUUGAGGCGAUGUUCGGAGUUAAGCAGGCUGCCUCUCCUCAAAUCCCAUUCGAACAGCCCGUUGUGCAGCAUACUGAGCCCUACUCUGUGCAAGCUGCGCAUCUACCGCAUCAUCAUACCCCUACAAUCGGCUACAACGACGCAAGCUCGCGCGAAUAUGCACGUGUCGUAGGCCAGACCUCCUACGGGCAAGUGUACAAUGGAGGUAGGCAAGCAGCUUUUGCCACCGCACAGUCGAAGGACUUUGAAGUAGCCUCCGAGUAUUUGGAAUCCGCUCGUCGGGAGAUAGGUGAUAGGAAGCCCCAUGUUCCGCAAAUUCCCGCUAUCCCAAAGGCCUAUCAUUUCGACUUCCACAGCGACAUCCCGGCCUUCAAGCCAAGCGAAAUAUGGAGCUUGCGACAUCUCCGCCCAAACGAUCGUUCGAAGAUUUACUUGGGCUUCGUCUUCUAUUACAAGACAAUGAUCGUCACUCCUCCAAAGUCUCCGAAGUGGUGGCAGGCUUGGUCUGUCCUGAAGGACAAGACAGCGAUGCUUCGUAUAGCAGAACUCAAGCUCUACACACUUUUUUCACCACGCCAGGGAGAGAAUCAAAAGUCUCGAGCGAAGCGAGAGGCUGAAUGGGUCCAGCUGGUCGGCGAUCAGGAUUGCGCGUGGAGCAUUGAUCCUGCCACACAACAGCUCCGGCGCGUCAAGGACUCUACCACGAUAGAUCUGACCGUUGACUCUGAAACAGCUGUGCAAGGUCCUACUCCAACAUGGAAGGCUGCGGAAGACUUCCUAGCAAUUGUAGAGCGUCGUGCCGAAGAUCUCGCGCCAGUCCAAGAGACUGCCCGAGAGAUUGUGAACGAUGCCCCGAAGCCUGUCAUCGAGGUAUCCGAUCCAGUCCCAGAACCUGCUCGUCAGUCGAAGAAGCGACCUGCAGAGUCUGACAUCGAGAUUGAUCCUGGCCAAGUCCGACCUCCGGCCAAGACAGCGCGAGGUCCGGACAACGACAGCCCAUCCCCCGAGGGCGCUGAGUCGCCGAAACUUCCACCUUUGCCAGCAUUCAAGACCACGGUCCGAGACACCCUGGAGGAGCAAAAGAAGAACGGGUUUUCUGGAACGGCCCCCAGGUACCGUGCCGACGAGAAGGAACUUGGCGGUGGGCGGACCAGCAAAUAUGCCUGGCUUGCACACUACCAAACGGAGCGGGUCGCAGAUCAGGCAAAACUCCCACGCAAGCCAGAACUUUGGGGCUACACGGACGAAAAGAAUGCAGCGUUACCAUACUAUAAGCGACAGUACUCUGGAGACUCCGUGGGUCUGCCUGAUCACCCGUCGGAAAACAUCGAGGACUACGCGACAGACAGCCUUGGACGGUACCAGUGCUUCCAUACGGAGGGCAAGUGCGCGAUGAAGGACGGCAAGUGCGGCCAUAAAUGCUGCACCGAAGGCAACGAUCUCAAAGGGCUCAAGAGUAGUAUUGCAAAGGGUCGAGACACGUACAGGAAAGCCGUGGUGCUCAACGUGUGCAGGAAACUUCUCGACGAUCGGCACAUCUUCUGGGGCAAGUUGAACGCGGAACAGGAAAAGAUUGCAGUCCGUGAAAAAGCCGGUGGAAGAGUCUACAAGAAGAGAAAUCCCAAGGCUCAGGCUCCCGCGCCUGCGCCUUCGCGACAAGCCGCGAUUCCAGCGAAGCCAGCGGUGGUACCACAGGUGAAGAUUAAUCCAAAGGCUCAAGCUCUCACGCUUUCGCAACAAGCGGCCGUUCCAGCUCAGACCGUGGUGAUACCAAAGGCGAAGAAAACACCCGAGGAAGAGUUCGUGGACCUCAUCGCUUAUCGUCGCGAGGACUACGCUCGUACUCGACACUACCCCGACUUCGAAUACUUCGAUAAGUGGUGGAAUGCCGCGCGCCUCAAGAAGUUCAAGCUCCCUGCGACAGCCGAGGAGCAAGCAAUGUGGCAGAAGCCCGGCCCGCAUAGACUCCGCGACGCGCCAUCCGAGGCGCAGCAGAAGAGGCUGGAUGCUGCGGCUCGACAGAAGCAAGAAGCGGAGGUAGAGAUUGCGCGGAAGAAGAAGGAAGCUGAGGCAAACAUCGAGCGGGAGAAACAACAAACUGCUCAGGCUAAGAUGAAGAAGAAGAGUCAGGAAGCCGUCGCUGCAGAGGCAGAAAUACAGCGACACAAACGCAGAGCCGAGAUAUCGAACUCGAAUACUUCCCACAUCGAGCCCGUGGACGAGGGAUGGCUCGAUGCCGACCUCGACGACUUGUUCGAAGACUGA